AUGCCCAGAACUGUACGCAUUAGGACUCGGAAAAUAGCAACCGAUUCACCCCCACUUAUUUGGGACCCAGAUAUUAAUAUUAUUCGAAACCUCGACGAAGACUUGUAUGUGUUCCUCCACCAGCAAAUCUACAAGAAGUGGCCAGCCAGACUCUUUGCAAUGCUUUGUUGCGUUGUAAUACUUUCUGUUGUUGCAUUUCUGUUGGCAUUCGUCUAUGCCUUUUUAAAAGAUUUGCGUUCAGAGAAAGAAAGAAAUGAAGAUGGUACAGAAAUAAACAUGUUGGGAUUUUGGAGUUUGCUUGUUUUCUCCUUGAGUGCUGGGCUGGCCUGUUGCAGUUUUUCCUGGACCUUGACUUACCUUGAUUCGUUUGAACCUGGAAUGUUUCCUCCGACUCCCCUCUCCCCAGCAUGCUUUAGGAAGUUAACUGGCCAUUCCUUUCACAUUGGCUACAGCAUGGCAAUACUAAAUGGAAUCAUGGCGGCACUGACAGUAAUUUGGUGUCUAAUUUGAACAGAAUCUGCACCGACUAGCCUACUUUCUUGAAGCCAGGAAUCUACAGCAGUCACUUGUCUAGACAUACUGUAUAAUGUUGUCUGAGUUUGACCUAUGGAAUUGUGCUAUUAAACUCCAUGACAUAGAAGUGAUAUGGGUAGAAUACAGCUAUUUAAAAAAUACUGUCCCUUUGAUUAGGUUGAUAAAAACAACCCCAUUGUAUUGUAAGCUAUAGUUGUACUAAAACACUGCACUAAUUUGACUGUAGACUUUUUUUUUUUUGUUCUAAUAUUCUUGCAAGGAAAAACAUCAACUUAAAUAGGGCACAAGGGAUCACUAAGUUUCUCAGCAUUGAUUAUCUCCAGUCUGUGCUUUAACUUAUCACUUAAAAUAAUCUAUCCAUAACUAUAAACACCCAAUUCUGAGUUCAGCAGUAAUGCUAACAACUAAAAUUCAAUGGAAAAAGUUUAUUUUAUUAUUUCUAAAAAAUAUGAACCUGUACUUUAGCAUUUUCAUUGUAUGUGGGAUAAGAUAAGAUAUUACAGUUCAUGAACUACUUUACUGUAUCUUGAAAAUUAAUUGUUGAAAUGUACACUUGCAGGCACAUUACGCUUAGUAAUUGAAGCACACUAAUAUAUGCAUACAUUUGCACUGUGUUUUAAAUUGUUUUUUUCUUUUAAAGCGCUACAUGUUUACCUGUUCUCUCUCCUACUACAGAAUCUGCUGAUUUCGUAGACCACAAUAAGCACAAUUGUUGAGGUAUAAUUAGGGCUUCUGUUUUUCAGGUUUUAUUAAUUGUAUUUUUCGAUGCUUAUUU